UGUAUUUGGUGUGGCUAUGGCAACGAUGAUUACUGUAGCCAUGGUAACGCACUGAAACACUGUUGACGAGUGCGACACGUUGCUCAUAUUGCUGUUCCACAGCGCGGAGUUGUCAUUUCGAGCCAGCCAGUGAUUCUCGCCGUUUCACAGCCAAGUCCGGUCGCAGAAAUAUUGACACUUUGUAAACUUGAGUGACUGAAAAGCGAACGUUCCGAAUUGUCCGCUCAUCAUGGCGUUUAUGUCCGAAUUCUUUGCCAUUGUGGUUGCCGUUUUAUCGAUGAGGGCCCUCUCUGAGUCAAAUUUCUGCCCCUCUCGGUCCCCUGUCAAAUCCUCUUGCCCACCAGAGUGGCAACUGUGGGGGAGCGCGUGCUAUCGCCUCACUUCCUCAACGUACAAUUGGGAUGACGCCAAGACAGCUUGUCAAGACGUGGGAGGCAAGAUGGCCGCUCCUCGCUCGCUCGAGGAACUGAACUUCAUGGCAGAACUGGCACGAAAGGUGGACAGUCAAUACAGGGCCUGGAUUGCUUGCAAUGACAAAGAGGUUGAAGGAGCUUGGGAGUGUGACGGUCAGGAAGGAGGCGAGCCCUUCUUGGUAUGGGCUGAUGGGCAACCAAAUAGUUGGGGCGGCAAUCAAGAUUGUGCUAAGUUAGCCGCACGUUUUAAUGACAGGAUGGAUGAUGCACGAUGUGAGAGUCCGUGGAGGGCUUUUUGUGUUCGUCAUGCAGCUUGCACUCAUCUCCCAACCCAACCCCGUCGAUACUGCCUCUCUACCGACACUCACGGCCGCAUUCUCAACUCAACCUGCCUCCUCGACCACAACAUCCGGGAGUUUAUCACUGAGGGUUUGGUUGCCUGUGGCUCGGCCUGCGCCAAUGAGUCAGGAUGUCGCUCCUUCAACAUCAAGAAAACAAAAGAAGGGAAGAAAGUAUGCCAGCUGAACAACAGCACAAGCUCCGAAGUUAAGGACAAGUUUCAGAAGACCGAUUACUUCUGUAUAUACUCUGAGGUGUGCGUUGGUUAAUCAGUGACUGGAACCGAAAAGAUGCACUCUACAAACUUAAACUUGCAAACUGACUAAAAACAAUUCGAAUUUGGUUCUUGAAAACCGGAUUACAAAAUAUUCGCAAGACAUUUGUUCUUAAUAUUAAGAUCACGUGGCAUUUCUUUCUUUCUUUCCUUUUUUUGUUCUGAAGAGGAAAAAAAGCUUGGGAUAUACUUUGAGGUAAAGAAGAUGAAUAUUUUGUUCUUUUUGCGAACACGACAAGGAUUGGAUUGAAAGCGUUUUGAACUGAUGAAAAUCGUUGGAAGGUUUUUCCCCCGCAAAUUACAUAACAACUUUGAAGCGUUAAUGCAUUGUACAUUCGCAGGUAGUUCUAGUUUUUGCAAUGUUUGCAUUUUUUCAGCAACAAAAAUAUAAGAU